AGGAAUCCCCUGCAUCUUAUCGAUCAAAUCUCUCGAGAUGCCAAAUUCCUGUCUGGGGCUAUGGAAUUCUUGUCCUCUUCCUAUCAUUUCACCGCCCCGCCAUGGGAAUUGAUACCACAUAACUUAAAUAUAUACCCAAAUUCCCGCACUCACUCCUCACUCACAUCCUCUGUUUCUUCUGUGAUUUCCCGUUUCAAAGCUCCCCACCCGCCCCUUCGAUCAGAAAAUGGCCAUUGAGGUUGUUGUCAAGGCUGCUACUGGUGCUCCCGAUGUUCUUGGAGACUGCCCUUUCUGCCACAGGGUUCUUUUAACUUUAGAGGAGAAGAAAGUUGCUUAUAAAUUGCUUCUUGUCAAUCUCUCCGACAAACCCAGUUGGUUCUUGGAAGUGAGCCCAGAAGGGAAGGUGCCUGUUGUGAAGUUUGAUGGCAAAUGGGUUCCUGAUUCUGAUGUCAUUGUGGGGAUUCUUGAGGACAAGUAUCCAGACCCUUCUCUUGUUACUCCUCCUCAAUUUUCUUCUGUGGGAUCAAAGAUAAACGGUGCUUUUGUAAAAUUCUUGUUGAGCAAGGACCCCAGUGAUGGUUCAGAGCAGGCUUUGCUUGAAGAGUUGAAGGCGUUGGAUGAGCAUCUUAAGGCUCAUGGUCCUUAUGUUGCUGGAGAAAAGGUAACUGCUGUUGAUUUGAGUCUGGCACCAAAGUUGUACCAUAUUGAUAUUGCUCUUGGCCAUUUCAAGAAGUGGGUUUUCCCCGAAAACUUACGGAGUUUAUCCGCAUACAAAAAGUUGCUUUUCGCUCGAGAAUCGUUCGUGAAGACGAAGGCUGUCCCAGAACAUGUCAUUGCUGGUUGGGAGACCAAGGUGAAUGCUGCUUGAACCAAGACAUGUUUUCAUCCCAAGUUAUGAACAGCACUGGACGUUGGUUGUCCUGUUUUCCUAUGCCUCAAUAAAACUGUAUCACCGUGCCUCAAUAAAAUGGUGUAUUAUCACUUUACUUUGACUCAUCAUUAACCGUACUUAUAUUAUAUCACUAUGCCUCAAUAACACGGUGUAUUUUCCUCCCCCGCCCUUAUGUAAA